CGGGGACCGGGGUUCUGGGAGCCCUGAGGGCCGCAAACGCAGCUGCAGCACUGGGGCCUCCGAGAUUGCGUGCCCGGCAUGAGCCUCACCCGGAAAAGGGGCUUCUACAAGCAAGAUGUCAACAAAACCGCCUGGGAGCUGCCCAAGACCUAUGUGUCCCCGACGCACAUCGGCAGCGGGGCCUAUGGCGCCGUAUGUUCUGCCAUUGACAAGCGGUCAGGGGAAAAGGUGGCCAUCAAGAAGCUGUGCCGGCCCUUUCAGUCUGAGAUCUUCGCCAAGCGGGCCUAUCGGGAGCUGCUGCUGCUGAAGCACAUGCAGCAUGAGAACGUCAUUGGACUCCUGGAUGUGUUUACUCCGGCCUCCUCUCUGCGCAACUUCCAUGACUUCUACCUGGUGAUGCCCUUCAUGCAGACGGACCUGCAGAAGAUCAUGGGGAUGGAAUUCAGUGAGGACAAGAUCCAGUACCUCGUGUACCAGAUGUUCAAAGGCCUCAAAUAUAUCCACUCAGCUGGGGUCGUCCACAGGGACCUGAAGCCGGGCAACCUGGCUGUGAACGAGGACUGUGAACUAAAGAUCCUGGAUUUUGGGCUGGCACGGCAUGCAGAUGCCGAGAUGACUGGCUACGUGGUGACCCGCUGGUACCGGGCCCCUGAGGUGAUCCUUAGCUGGAUGCACUACAACCAGACGGUGGACAUCUGGUCUGUUGGCUGUAUCAUGGCAGAGAUGCUGACAGGGAAAACUCUGUUCAAGGGGAAAGAUUACCUAGACCAGCUGACUCAGAUUCUUAAAGUGACUGGGGUGCCAGGUGCAGAGUUUGUGCAGAAGCUGAAUGACAAAGCGGCCAAAUCCUACAUCCAGUCCCUGCCACAGAGCCCUAAGAAAGAUUUCACUCAGCUCUUCCCAAAGGCCAGCGCCCAUGCCACAGACCUACUGGAGAAGAUACUGGAGCUGGAUGUGGACAAGCGCCUGACAGCCGCACAGGCCCUCACCCACCCCUUCUUCGAGCCCUUCCGGGACCCUGAGGAGGAGACAGAGGCCCAGCAGCCGUUUGAUGAUCCCUUAGAACAUGAGAAACUCACAGUGGAUGAAUGGAAACAGCACAUCUACAAGGAGAUUGUGAACUUCAGCCCCAUUGCCCGGAAGGACUCUCGGCGCCAGAGUGGCAUGAAGCUGCAGUGACUUGUCCAGCCCAGCUCCCACUGUGCCCAGGAGCUAUCGUGGUGCACCACUGGCCAGACACUGCCCAAGGACCAAUAUUUAUUGAUCACUAUUGAAGUUUCAACCUUCUCCAAAUACAGCCUUUCAAGCAGAGGACAGAAGAGCCCUUCUUGUGUAGUAAACGGGCCUGGUAGAUGCAGAAUACAAAGAUGUUGGUUGGAAGACAAUAGCACUGAACAUAUGGGCCUUAUUAAAACACCCAUCUGUACAGUCACCUAAGUAUGGGGGCUCCUUUCCUUUCUGGCUGUGGUGGGGCUGA